UGAGUUUUCCAAUUCGUUAUUUUGUUUUUGUUACCCACUCGUAUUAACUUUUAGUCGCUCGUGGGAUUAUCACUUGUUGUUGUUGCAAAAGUAUCUUGUCAUUUGUUAAAGCAUUCCAGUGCACUAAAGCAGAAACGAAAAAUACGCAGCGACACACACGAGCCGGUAUUAACAACGCAACGGACACGAUAAGAUACUCGCGCUCUUUCGCUGGCUUGACUUGACUCGACUUGACUUGCCAGCGCUCCCACCGCCCCAUGCAGUUUCAGCUUCGGAGCGUACAAAUAACAGGCUCUUGUUUUGUUGACGAGCUGGUAGUAUGUGUAUUGUUGUUGCAUUGACUAAUUUAAAAACACAAAUUCACCACAUGCAAGUAAUCAGCAUGAAAUGAGCGAAUUUCGAAAAUACCCCACACCAAAAUUGAGAGUAUUUAUUCGCCACUGCAAGAGCACGUUGCUUUUGCUGCUGUCGACAACGGUUGUGUUGUUGGCUCUACCGCCUAUCACCCACCAAACACCUCACCUUUCAUACCACUGCGCUACUGUGUCCGCCAGCAGGCUCGCACGAUUUUCCUCUUUUAACUUUUGCAACUCCAACUUUAACAACCUCAACUUUUGGAGCAGUUCUUGGCAAGUCUGUCCAAUUCACGCACUUUUCACUUAAAACAAAAAAAUACACAAAUAUUGAACUUUUUUUGGCGUUAUUUCCACCUCCUUUGCACACGAAGCUUUGCGUGUUGACGAGAAGUGCGCGUUAAUGAAAAUCGUUCGAGUCGUGUUUAUUUUUUAUUUUUAUUUUGUUUCUUUGUGUGUCCAACAUAUGCUCGCAUACAAAAGCUCAACGCAAAUUUAAUAAAUAGUUAAAGUAAAUAACACUAUAACACUUGUAAUGCACAAUUAAUUAAGAACGCGGACGCGCAAUGUGUACGAUUACAAUAAAACGAAUUACCAAAUGGCACAGUAAUAACGAGUGCGAGAUAGUCAAAUUGAUGACGAUGACGACGACAACGACAACUACGUUGACCAAACCACUGCGUUUACAACCGCGAACGCGCUCACUUCGAUUGUAACUGAAAAAACGAAUUCACCUCGCUGCUCGCCAAAUCGCUUAUGAAUCAAACGAGCGCCACACUAUGGACGACUGGUCACCGCCCCCACCCUUCGCAACAAAGUAACGAGGAAGUAUUUGCAAAUAGCAAACAACUACGAAGUAGCAAUUGCUGGAUCACAGAUUAGGUGGUGGGGUUCGGUAGUGCAGGUAUUUAUGUUUGCAUGGAUGCAGGUAUGAGAGUCAGAGCCGAAAUGUGCGCUCACAGUAAGCGUAGACUCCUCACCGAUAGAUUGUGUGUGUGUCAAUUGCACCCUGUGUUUUUAACAGCUGCUUCUGAAUUCAACGAUCAGCUGGACGUUAUCUAUUGGACCUAGGCAAACACCGGUAUGGAGCGACUCUCAAGAUUGUUUUGGCCAGUGCUGGUGACACCAAAGAACGCCGUUUUAAAGAACGUCGACGCAAUUUCACGUAGUCAAAAGUUGCUAACAGAUUUGGGUUUGGUUAGACCAGCUUAUAAUGGCACUUACCAGCUGUUGCCAUUGGCGCAACGUGUGAUGGAAAAGUGUGCCGAUUUGGUGCGUCGCCAGAUGCGCGAUGUAGGCGCACAACAAAUCACAUUGCCUGUUUUGACGCCGUCGGAGUUGUGGAAAAAAUCCGGUCGCUUAGAUGGUGAUAUAACCGAAUUCUAUUUAAUAAAAGAUCGGCAUGGAAAACAGUUCCUGCUCAGUCCAACGCACGAGGAGGCGGUAACUGCAAUGUUGGCAAGUAUUGCACCUAUUUCUUAUAAGCAAUUGCCUAUUAGACUCUUUCAAAUCGGACCGAAAUUUCGCGAUGAGUUGAAACCGCGCUUCGGUCUUAUUAGAGCAAAAGAAUUUGUUAUGAAAGAUCUGUAUACAUUUGACCGUGAUGCGGCAACUGCUUUACAUACGUACAAUCAAAUAAAUUCUGCAUAUGAUGCGCUUUUCCAGCAGCUGCAAGUGCCAUUUGUUAAAGUGGAAGCUGCUACCGGCAUGAUGGGUGGCAGUGUGUCACACGAGUAUCACUACCUAGCCGCUAGUGGUGAAGAUCAACUAAUUACCUGCGAUUCCUGCGGCUAUGCAGCCAAUAUUGAAACUAUAAAUGUGGCAAGUAAUGACAAACACUGCCAGCGUUGCAAUUCAACUAAUAUGAGCAGCGUAACCGGCAUAGAAGUGGGACACACUUUUAUAUUAAAUGAUAAAUACUCCAAACCACUGAAGGCAACGUUUCUACAAGAGAAUGGCAAACCUGAAAAUCUUGUAAUGGGCUGUUAUGGCAUAGGCGUCAGUCGAUUGGUGGCAGCCGCAGUAGAGGUGCUCGCUACGGAGAGUGAAUUGCGUUGGCCAACACUUCUAGCCCCUUUUGAUGUUUGCAUAAUUGGUGCGAAAGAAGGUAGUAAAGAGGAGAAGGUAGCCAAUAGCGUGGAAGCGGAGUUCUGUAGCAAGCUCAGUGGUAUUUGUAAUGAUGAGGAUGUGCUAAUUGAUGAUCGUAGUAAUUUUACGAUAGGCAAAAGGCUAUUGGAAGCGAAAAGAAUGGGUUAUCCCAUCAUUGUUGUAAUUGGAAGCAAGGCAGCGAACGCAGUACCAAUAAUUGAACUGCAUUUCAUUUCGGGCGAAACAAUGGAUGUUGAGACAAACGAGGCACUGGCUUUAAUCGCAAAAUAUACAAACCACAAGCGGGUGCUCUACAACACAAAAUUGGAUUAUAGUGCACCAGCGAAAUCUAAUAAGGCGUCUAUUAGUUGAGACUUAGCAAUAUUGAAAAUUUAGAUUUAAUUUAUGCAUUCAGUUUUCUUCUCAUUUGUAAACAUUUUAAACUAAAACUUUUCCUUUAAAUGUAAGCACACAAUUAAUAACUGUAAAAUAAAAUUGUAAAAGAAAAAACAA